AGCUAGCACUCGAACAGAGAUGUCAACGCUUGCCUUAAUGCCGGUGCUAUAACUAGCAAACAGAAGUGGGAUCCAAAGCACAGACCACCAUUGCAGAGCUCGAGAUCGAGAGCAAGAGAAGAAACAGAUGGAGAAAAUGGAGACGGAGAUGGCGGCGCCGGCCAAGAUGUUCCCGCUGCCUGUGGACUCUGAGCACAAGGCCAAGUCCUUCAGGCUCUUCUCCUUCGCUGCCCCGCACAUGCGCGCCUUCCAUCUCUCCUGGAUGGCCUUCUUCGUCUGCUUCGUCUCCACCUUCGCCGCGGCGCCGCUCAUCCCCAUCAUCCGCGACAACCUUAACCUCACUAAGCGCGACAUCAGCAACGCCAGCGUGGCCUCCGUGUCCGGCUCCAUCUUCUCGAGGGUCGCCAUGGGCGUGGUGUGCGACCUCCUCGGCCCCCGCUACGGCUGCGCCUUCCUCGUCAUGCUCACGGCGCCCGCCGUGUUCUGCAUGUCCCUCGUCCACGACCCGGCGGGCUACAUCAUGGUGCGCUUCCUCAUC